AUGUCGACGACGACUGGCCAAACGAACAGGGCACCGAUAUAUCUGGGGAAAUUCAUUGGAGAGGGCGCUUUCGCGUUUGUCUUCAAAGGUUACCUGCCUUCGGGCGGAGUUGUAGCUGUGAAAAAGUCGCGGGUCUCGCUACGAGUCAAGCGUCCGUCCCUGCAGCAUGAGGCCCGGAUUCUUGCAAUGGUUCAAGGCCAUCGAGGUAUUGCGCAACUGGUUGGUUACUACCGCGGGCCGCAUUUUGAGUACAUCGCUAUGGAGCUCUUGGGCCCACCAAUAAAGAGCCAAAUCCACGACGACCUGAACGCUCUGGCCCCCGAAACAGUGGCGCGUAUUGCCAUCCAGCUUUUUUCUGCUCUUGAUCACAUUCACUCUCGAGGCAUCGUCCAUCGUGAUAUCACGCCAGAAAACAUUCUUCGUUCCCUUGAAAACCCCUCCAAAAUUUGUCUCGUCGACUUUGGCAUUUCUCUGCCUGUUACCCCUAUCUCUUCAGAGAGCCCUAUCGGUCCUAAGAACUUUCGGAGGCCCGUUGGAACGCUAAGUUGGUGUAGCCUGAGCUCUCAUCACGGCAAUGCAAUUUGUCCACCUGAUGAUCUCGAGUCAACACUUUUUGUACUCCUCUUUCUCCUCGCCGCCUCGCUCCCAUGGCACAUACCACAUAACUACGGCGAAAAGCUGUCUGCUACUAUCAUCAGGAUCGAAGAAUCCAAGAGUGCGUUCGUUGGCAGCGCGUUGGAAGAUGUCGACUGCGUUCUGGCGUUGCGAUUGGGGCAGAUACUUGAUCGUAUUCGUGGAGCUGAAAUACCACUCGGCGUUACACCUCCCUAUGCAGAGCUGGUUGCCCAAAUUCUCGCCGUAUCGAAAUGCACACUGGAACUCGAUCAGCAGCUGCCUUUGGAUUGGACCCCCUGCUCUCCGCCGCCUAUCUUGAACCAGCGUUUGGCACAUCCCCCGGCAAUGCGUUCGGACGAAAAGACGGAAGCCCCGACCGAUCCCGUUGACGUCAAAUUGGUCAAUGACUUGAAAGACAGCCGCGGCGACAAGUAUCCCGACAGCAACGCCUCUGACUACCAAUACACGUGGUUCCCCAACUACAAUCGCGACCGCAGCCUCACCCUCCCGGAAGCACAAGCCGCGAUAUGCGACGAGAAUCUUCCCGCAUGUUGUGUGGCACCGGGCCAUCUUUCUGGCUUAGACGAGCCGGUAUAUUCGGAUUCUGCCCAGAUGUGGUCGUUUCAACAAGGCUACUACGUGUCACAUCCAGGGCCGUAG